CACGCGCCUCCGCCUUCCUCCCCGCGGCACCGAUCUCCCUCCCCCCUCGCCGGCGGCGCACCGACCGAACCGAACCGCGCCAUGGUCACCGCGCGCAAGGGCCGCGGAGGCAGAGGCCCUCCCCGCCCCCGCGUCGUCGACGGCGGCGGAGGGAGCAUGGUGUCGCGCGUGGCCGUGCUCGCAUUCUGCGUCGCCGGGAUCUGGUCGGCGUACAUCACCCAGGGCGUCCUCCAGGAAACCCUGUCGACGAAGCGGUUCGGGCCGGAGGCGCGGCGGUUCGACCACCUCGCGUUCCUCAACUUCGCGCAGAACGUCGUCUGCUUCGUCUGGUCCUUCAUAAUGAUCAAGCUGUGGUCGAGUGGUGGGAGCUCCUCCGCUGGCCGCGCGCCGCUGCGGAAGUACUGGGGCGUCAGCAUCACCAACACUGUCGGCCCGGCCAUGGGGAUCGAGGCGCUCAAGUUCAUCAGCUACCCAGCUCAGGUCCUGGCAAAAUCUUCUAAGAUGAUUCCAGUAAUGCUGAUGGGAACUAUACUGUAUGGUGUCAAGUACACAUUUCCGGAGUACAUUUGCACCUUUCUUGUUGCUGGGGGUGUAUCAUCCUUUGCGUUGUUGAAGACAAGCUCCAAGACUAUCAAGAAGCUUGCUAACCCUAAUGCGCCUCUGGGCUACACAUUGUGCUUCCUCAACUUAGCUUUUGAUGGUUACACCAAUUCGACCCAAGAUUUGAUAAAGUCUAGGUAUCCAAAGACUAAUCCAUGGGAUAUAAUGCUUGGCAUGAAUCUCUGGGGGACCAUAUACAAUGCUGUGAUUAUGUUUGUUGCUCCAUUACUAUUCAGUAAUUGGCCUUACGCCAACGGUUUUGAGGCAGUGAGAUUUUGCCAGGAGAACCCAGAGGUGGCAUGGGACAUUCUCCUGUUCUGCCUGUGUGGUGCCGUGGGUCAGAAUUUCAUCUUCCUAACCAUCAGCCGAUUUGGCUCUCUUACUAACACUACCAUCACCACCACCCGCAAGUUCAUGAGCAUUGUCAUCUCCUCCGUCAUCAGUGGUAACCCACUCUCCUUGAAGCAAUGGGGAAGUGUUGUGAUGGUCUUUUCUGGUCUCUCUUUACAAAUCUUUCUCAAAUGGAAGAGAAAGAAGGUCAGAGACCACAAGGAAUGAGUUUAAUAUUUUAGCUCAUUCCAAUUUGUAGCUUCGAUUGGACAUGUUUGUUGUUGGGUUAUAUGGGAGAUAAUUAUUGCAGCCCAUUACUGAUUCAGGAGAAGUUUUACAUCGAUAAAAAACUGAGAUGUAUGGUAAUAGCUAAAAAAAUGCUGGUAGUUUCUGUUCUACAGGAAGUCAGGAAGAAGAUGCAAUGAAUUGUAUUGCACUGAGUAGUAGAAUUGUAUGGCGCCCUGUAUUUUUGUUCUCUCCCUAAAGGAAUCGCUAAUUAUCAAAACGAUAAUUAUGUUUCUGCCACUGAUAGUCUGAUACUUCAUACAGUCACACUACGAUAACUUGUGGAGAAAACUACUGUACGGAUUUGGCUGUUUAAGCAGAAGUAUCAGGUUUUGCUC